AUGAUGUCGGCAGACCUCUCUCGAUACUUCUCGCCCAAGCGAAAGCGAGAGCCUUCUGAUUCUGAUUUCUACAGCCCAUCAGCAUCCCCCACAUCUACAGUUUCCGCCGUGAGUCUACAAGAGGCUUGGUUUUGCGAGGAGCCGGAGCUUGGAUGCCACAGCCCUCGAGCGGCAGUGGCAGGGCGGUUUGGUGAACUGGCUAUUCGAGGAGACCGUGUCCCGGAGCCGCUACUACAGCGCGACGUCUAUCAAGACUCUGGUCCACAGUCCUCGCAGGAACAAUGUCCAUCCGAGAUCCAAGUGUAUACGAAGACUAUGCCGGAGCCCUUGUCGACCCAUAGCGCCGAGCUGCACGAAGUUCGAGGCCACCAGACGACCGAACAACCGACCGAACAACCGACCGAACAACCGACCGAACAACCGACGGAGUCUUCAACAGAGAGCGCCUUGGCUCACACAACCCUAUCGCCUUCUCGAAACAAUUCUGCAACGUCACCUCGAAAACAGAAACUCCCUAUAUCCCCCUCGAAGAACCAAAAACAGCGACGAUCACCCCCUCUCGCAGAUGUCUCAUCAAAAUCUUCCAUGACGUGGCAUGAUAAUGAGAUAACGGGUCAUAAUCCUACAGACCCGACCGAUGACGGCUAUGGGAUCAAUGGCGUGGGAUUUAAACCUACCGCGGCCAUGGCGGCGGCUCGGUCCCAGAAAAGACAGAAACAAGUCGCCGAAUGGAAGGCACGCGAGGCACGAGACGCUCGUGAGAAGCGACGAGCAAGGAGGAACGAAGACAUCGCCUUGGAGAAGAUACACGGUGUACACCGCGGCGCCAUUCAGAAGCGUGUCAAAUUUGACAUUUGA